AUGGCUCCAAGAAAGACCGCUGCUAAGAAGGCCAAAGUCGCGAAGAAACCGGCCGGUACAAAGGCCGCUAAGGGGACAACCCCGGCGGCUGUCAAGGGUAAGAGGGCGCAGCCUUCCCCCAACAAGACGUACAAAGAGCUGAUUUCCGAGGCGCUGAAGACGUUGAAGUCCCGCAAGGGUGUCAGUCGCCCAGCCCUGAAGAAGUACAUCAAGGAGCACAACGCGUCCAUGGCGAAGAUCUCCACUUUCGAUCACUACUUGAACCAAGCUAUCAAGAGAGGCGUUGACUCAGGGGACUUCGAACUGCCAAGGGGGCCCUCCGGUACCGUGAGGCUGGUGGCGAAACCCAAGGCUCCUGCGAGUGCGACCCCGGCUGCUAAGAAGGUCGUCAAGGCGAAGAAACCGGCUACUGUCUCUACCGCUGCCGCUGCCGCUGCUGCCUCGAAGAAGAAGACCGCCAAGAAAGUGGUCAAGGCGAAGAAGACCGCCGCUUCUGCUCCUGCAUCCAGCAGUCUGGCUCCAACCUACAGAGAAAUGAUCAUCAAGAGUGUCGUUUCCAUGAACGAGGGUAAGGGCUCCAGCCGUACCGCACUGAAGAAACACAUCUUGGAUGAGUAUUUCGCCAAAUCAAAAGAGAUCAAGAACUUCAACUCGCUCUUCAACAACGCGGUCAAGAAGGCAGUAGAGGACGGGUACCUGUCCCAGCCAAAGGGACCCGCAGGUGUCAUCAAAGUGCUCAAGAAGGGCAAAUCUUUUGCAACGGGUGCCUAA